AUUCCCCGGCGCGAAUGCCGUCCCAGCUUGAGGGAAAGCGCCCAAGUGCUUUUGGAAGCCGUCUUUCCCCCUGUCAGCCGAAGCCGCAUGACCUCAUGCGAAAGAACUCCCCGCCUGAAGGGCUGCGCUAAAUUUAGGGACUGGGAGUAGAACAGAGUGGAGACUUUGCGAAGCGGGAAAGGAGAGACUGAGGGGAGGCUUGGGUCGCCCUCCCUCCCUCCCUCCCUCUCUCCUUCUUCCCUAGCAGGAUGCGCCGCUCGCUCCCCUCCGCUUCUGACCCCGGUAUGUGUCUCCCCCGCUCCCUCCCUGCCUCCUUCCCUCCCUCCCGCAGAUGCCAGCCGGGCGCCCUGAGCGCACCAUGCCCGCCCCGCUGCUCGCGCUCCUGCUUCUGCGCACCCUCCUGACCCGCCUGCUGGUGGUGGCCCGCAAGCGCCUCCUGCCGCUGUGCCGCCGCCUGGGGGCCCGCCUGACUUCCCAGCAGUCCCGCGAGGCCGUCCUCACCUGCCUCCUCUGCGUCCUCAACCUGCGCAGGAAGGUGGACAACGACUGAGGCGCGGCCCCUUCCCCGACUUUGCAGGUAGGUAGCCGAACCGCCCGCCCUCCGCACCUGUCAGCCGCCCGCCUGCCCGCCUGCCCGCCGACCCGCUCUCGCACAUGCUGCUGACAGACUUUGGGAAGUGGAGUACACUCUUGAGGGGAGAGAGGGGGAGAGCAGGACGUCAUCCUGCUGCAGCAGGCUCUUCGUUGCUAGUGAAGAGGAGGAUGCGGUGCUUGUCCGUGGAGAGGAGGGAGGCCAGGGAGCCAUCAGCAGCUCCAGCUCUUCAGGAGAAGAUCCAGCCUCUGAUCUUGCUCCUCAGGAUCCACCCCCAGACAAACCCUUCCUGCUUCAAGUUUCUCCCCACCCGCACUCACUUUGUGUUGAGGCCAGGGUUCAGUUCCCACCCACAUCUCUGCUCUCUCUUCCUUCGCUGGCUGAUGGUCCUCGUGGGCAGACCGCUUCUGUGCACCGCCAAUGCUGCCCAGAGAGGUCGAGGACAGAAGUGAGGGUUCCUUGGGACAGUUCAAAACGGGGUUAACUUCUAAGAGGAUCCCCAAAUGUGGCUGCAUAAGGAGAAAAACGGGACACUAUUUGCCUAGCGGAGCAAAUUCUCCAGGACUCUUUCACUGCGAAGAAAAGACUGAAGUUGAAUUUAGUUUCUUGUGACUUUGGCAUGGCUUUUAUAGUCUACUGUUAAGAGUUCUUCGUCUUUCUGUUGGCUCCAGCAAUGUUGUUUAGGUAACCGAGACUUGUGAAGCACCCUUUCUCCAUCCUGCUGUGGACCCUGAGGGACCAGUGUUUGGGGGACAAUGUCGAACGGCACAGCAAGGAAGGUCCAGCCAUUUACAAUCAGCACCAAGCUUUCCCUGCCGAAGUGCUCUCUGGACUUCCCAGAAGACAGUUGCCCUGGAAUUCCUAUAGAUACUCUGGAUAACCGUGACUUGCACCAAAACCUCAACAAGCGUGUUUCUUUGUACUUGGCUCAGGCUUCCCCAGGGCUCACUGGCCAUAGAUUCAACAGCACCAGCCCAAUUGAGGAGGAGGAGGUCACCCAUGAGGAUCAGAUUAACCGCAAUUCCCUUUCCCGCUCCAUCAAGAAGAUCACUCUGUCCAGCUCUCAUGGGGAAUCUAGUUCAGCUGGAGAAGGAUUGCUCAUGGGCCCUACACACAUCUCCUCUGAUAGAAACUGCAACAACAACAACUGCAGAACUGGGAAGGCUCAGUAUAAGGUCUUCCUGAAGAAAGAGGUGGGAACAGAAGAAGAAAAGCAAGAGGUGAGGACAUUCCAGAUUGCAAGCUGUACUACUACAACUUCAUGGAAAGAGAGUGUCAAGAAUACCCAGGCAAGCAGGCUGGUAGGGGUGAAACAUUGCAUCCAGAGCAGUACCGGGCUGGCUGAGCUUUCCAGAUGGAGCCCUGUCAUAACUCAGUUCAACUGUGACAUGGUACAGGCAGAGAAAUGGGUGCGAGGAAAACUCAGAGACCUAAAGGAUGGUUCCAGUAUUCAGGAAUGGGAACGGGAAGCCCAGACCUUGCAAAGAGACAUGAAGGACUUUGAGAAUACUGUGAUCAAACUAAACCAGAUGGGUGAGCAGCUCAUGAUCCAGCCAAACCCCAGCACAGAAAUAGCGAAGCGUCUCCAGACCCUGGGAGAACAAUGGCAACUGCUGAAGCAAAUGGCAGUAAAUCAGAAUAAAGCAGUAGGUAGCCUCAGGAAUCUCCAAGACUUCAACCAGAAAGCUGAGCAGCUAGAAGCCUGGAUCAAACAGAAGGAAGAGAAACCUUUGCUAACUACCCUGUUGCAAGAGAAUGCAGACAAAAUUCAACUUACCCGGCGCAUCCUUGACUUGAAACAGGAGGAGCAGCAGUUUCAGGCCUUGCAUGAAGAAAUAAACAGUCUGGCUCACAAGCUUGAGAAGCAGGGCAAGAGUGAGAGCAGAAGCAUCGUGGCUCGGCGCAAGCACCUCAAUAAGAUGUGGCUACAGCUCCAGGGAACACUGAAGGAACAUCAUGAGACCCUGCAACUGGCUCUGGAGGCAGCUGCCUUCCUCCAGCAAGCAGAUGUGCUCCUUGCAGCCAUCCAUGCCAAGUGGAGGAACCUGUGUACAACAGGGAAGCAGAGAGAACCUGAGGCCGUCCCAGACCUGGAUGUUAGGGAUAUUGCCAGCCAGGUUAUGAUGUUGGAUGUGGCUGUGUCCCAGCUCACAAGCCUCCACCCCAGCCUGGGAGCACGAGUGUCUCUCAAGCACCAAGAUGUCAAGGAGAGUUGGGCCCAGCUCCAGGAACUAUGGAGGAGUGAGAAGCCUUCACAGUUGCCUUUGACAAGGAGAUGGAUUGAUUCCCCAGGUUGUGAGCAAGAGAUGACCAGCACUACAAACGAUCCAAGGCCAGAAGCCCAAGAAAGAUCAGCAUGGCAGGUUCAGAAAGACGUCCUAGAAAACAUGGCAGAGUGUUUGGGAGGCCAGGAAGGCAACUCAGACUCAACUGUGAAGGAGGCCAACAGUAGCGGGAGUAGGAGGCAUAGGAGGAGGAAGCUUCUCAGGCAGUCAAACGCUUUGAAAGAUGUGCCCCAACAGAAGGCACACCCUCAGGAUGUCUGCCAAGCUGCUGAUGGGCAGCUGCUGGAUACUGGCCAGAGGUGGAGUCCACAAGUGGAAGAAGCCUUUGAGGAGCUAGAAGAUCUAUGGGCAGAGUUAAAAAGAAGGCACCAGGAGAAUGGUGUGGCUCUGAGAGAGAUUGAUAUGGCCCUGCGACUGGUUGGGGAACUGGAGGAGGCUGAAUGUUGGCUAGGAACGGUGACAGACUUGCUCUCUGAGCCAAAAGCAGCGAAAAACCUUGAUGGUCUCCGUGGGGAGCUACAGAAGAUUGGCAUCUUGGCAAACCAGGCUGGGACCUGGAGUAUGAAGCUCCAAGCCCUGCAGGAAGAGAUGCAGAUGGAAGCCUCUUCAGAACGCACAGCGGCGGCAAUGAUUCAGAAGAAGAUGGAACGAGUAAAGGAAAAGCUGGGCCAUGUGCAGGACAACCUUCAGCAGCGAUCAUUAGGCUUGCAUGAUUCUUUGAUUUUAAUGGAGUUCUUGCAAAAUGUACAGCUGGAAGAGAUGCUAAAUCAGAAGAACCAAAUGCAGGCAGUGCCUAAUCGGCACAGUUCCGAGGAGUCCUUGCACCUUCUCCUAGCCCAGAAUGCUCAACAGCUGAGCAGUGAGCACAUGAGCAGGCCCCUGGAGGAGCUUCAGGAAGCUGUGGAGAUGCUAAAUAAUGUGGUAAAGGAACAGGAGUGGGCCAGUGAGGGAACCACCCAGGUAGAGAGCCCGCAGGCCUUGACAGAUGGGGAGGAAACUAGGCUGGCCUGGAUCACUUCACAGAUGGAGUCACUGAGGGACAGAGCAGAAGCAUGGGCUCAAGACAUCAUCCAGGCAGAGCAAAGCUUUGUCACCGUGAAGAGUGAACAAGACUUAUUGGAGCUGAAGGGGCUGUUGGAAAAGCAGAAGGAGAUAGAAAGUGAUAUGUCUGACCUGUCAGGUGAUAUUGAGGAGCUGGAGAGAGCAGUUGUGCAGCUGGAGGGAUGCUGCCUAUUGCCAAUGUCUGAUGAGUCCAGAAGGAUUCUUGAGAUACUGGAGGCUUGGAAGGAUCUGCAGAAGGUGGUGUCGGGAAAUGCUGUCCAUGGGCACCAGGCUGUUCAGCUGCGGCAAUUCUUUAGAGAUUAUUUGGCCAUGAUCUCCUGGACAGAGAAUACUCGGGCACAGAUUUUCUCAGAGAGUCUGAGUGCCCAGCAUCUGACAGAGGCUCAGUGGGAGGAUAUGGAAAAUAAUAUGGAGACUAAAUUUCAGGAGUCUGAGGAGCUUGCAGCACUAGGAUGGGAGCUGGUGACCAAGGAGCAUUACAUGAGAGAGAUAAUAAUAGAGCGAAUGGAAGAACUACGAAGCAUGUUGGGAUGGGUGAUGGUGCACUUGCGAGCACAGAGUUCCCAGAAGGACCUUGGCAACAAGAAUGACAGCCCUAAGACUCAGGAUAGGACCCAGAUGACCCAAAACUGCCAAAUUAAAGUAACCCCUGAAACUACGGUGCCUAAGGCGGAAGGUACCCUUGGCUCCCCUGGGUCUGAAGGGCCUCCACUUAUUUUAGGCUUGGUUCAGAAUGGUUCUCCAGCAAAGCACCAGGACCAAGAAAAGAAAUCUGUCUCCACUGCCAUCCUGUCUGUCUUAGAUGUUCUUCCACUGCAGAAGCAAAGCUUCAAAGAUUCUGAAAAUUCCGUGCCUUUUGAGACGGACAUCCCUAAGGAAACUUUGGUUCUAGAGCCUUCAGAGACCCCAGUGAUGUUGGUACCACAGCCAGGUCCUGGCAGCCUGGGCAACACAGUGAACUUGAUCUUGAGCAUUGGGAAGAAAGAGGAGAAGGAAACUACAGGCAGCCAGGCUACGGCAUCACUGCCAAUGGGACAGGAGACCUUGCACAAGCUCCCUGAAACUAAAUCCUCAGCCUGUAAAACUUUUUGGAAACGUUGCCAGGGGUUUUUAGGAAAUACUUUGAGUAGUUUAAAGAGAAAGAAAAGGCCACCACGCCAGCAUGGCAAAGAGGUGAGCACCUAUUUGCAGGUGAAGGAGAAGGAGGGCGAUAAACAUAGAUGUUUACCCUGUGGAAGUUCGAUUUCCAUGCUACAACAUUCAAAGCAAAUGCCUCCUGGAGCUCAUUACUCCCCCAUUCCCAGUCCUGAAUGGGGUCCUGCAGCCUUCCACACUUUGCCCAAGACCAGCUCCAGUUGCUUCCUGCAGAGCCUGAAGAGAAAAACCAAAGGGAAAAUAAGGGAUGUCCAGCUGCUCACCUUGCAAGGGAUCAUGGAAACAGAACAAAAGGAUCUGCAAUCUGGGCAAAAAGAGAAGCACAGCAGUACCAGUAGCACCUGGCCCCCUAAAUAUGUCAGGAGGACACAAGGUUUGGGAGGCCCAUACUCGCCACCAGCGGGAGAGCUGAUGGACUAUGUGAAGAACCCAUUGAUGCAGAUUAUUGACACUGAAUGUGACUCAGUGGGAGAAAGAACAGGGCAAUGCAUUGACCUGAGAAGGAGUCAACAUUUCAGUGGCCCCCAGUCCUUGACUGAGAAGAUGAACACAUGCCAGCAUCUCUCUCUGGGCUCUGUCCUCAGCCUGGAGCUCCCCAAGGACCCUACUGCCCUCAGGGAUGUCCGUGAUGCCAUCAAGGUAGCCAAAGAGGGGAUAGCCAAAAGAAGGGGAUUUAGCUAUCCUGCUCAAGUGAGCACAAGUGGGACAAACAUCCAAGAGGCCAGCUUGCAAAAGGAAAUACAAGGAGUGCUGCCAGUAAUACCCCAAGGACCCAUCAGGGCUGGGGAUGCAAAUGCAAAGAGGAAAGGAGGUGCAUCAUUUGAUGAGGUGAGUUUCAACCAAAGCCAUGGCAUGCAGAAGACUUUCUUUGUUGCUGCUUAUGGAGAAGACAAGCAAAGUCCCAGGAGUCAGAGUGGCUCCAGUGAUGAUUUUGUGGAUUUCAAGCAGAACCGACUCUCCCGUAUCAGUGCGCUGCAUGAGCAGAUAGGCUGGGAAUGGGACAAGCUAGCUGCUUCGUUAGAUUCAACUGGCAGUUCCAAUGGGGAACUGGCAAAAAAUCCAGCUGACAGUAAGGCCAAAGUGAAGGAGGCAUCCAGGGUGAAGUUGAAGCCUUCCCCUGCCGAACAUACAAGUAAUGCUGGUGCCACUUCCCACACAUUGAGGACGGGCAUUUCUGUGAAUGAGUCACCAGAGAUAGAAAGUAGCAAAUGUUCUGUAGAAAAUGUCCUAAAAUUCCAUCCCUCAUCAGUACAUCUGGGGCUCAAAUGCCCACCCAAGUCAUCUGUGUUGGAAUGUGAAUUAGCCCCCCAGAAAGGCAUUCCAGCACCCUCAGAAAUUGCCUUGACUUCAGAGGAACUAAGGUUGCAAGAUGUGGUAAAAAUUUGUCACCCUGCCCGUGAGGUGUUUGAGGAGGAAGAAGAAGAGCUACAGGCCAUAUGGAGUAAUGUGGAGAAGAACAAGAGAAGUUUAAGUGGCCAUGGUGACUCAGAGAAAAAUGUGGAGAAGGUUCAAGGCCCAGCCUACUCUGGUGGAAAACCUAUUCUAGCAUCAGCAGAUAAUAUGUUAGUAGCCAAGUUCAAGCUUCCAUUCCCUGCCCAAGUGCUUCAGAGUUUGGAAGGAGAGAAAGAGACCAGUGAUGGACAUCCCAUGAAGAACAGCCCAAACGAGUGCUGGGCAUCUGUGCCUUCUUGCCAGGAGCCACCUGAGAGGCCUGAGGCUUCACCCAUGAGUCCUCUACAGAGCAUAUGUCCAGUAGACCAGCAAAAACUCCAAGAAGGGAGCAAAAAUGUUGGCAAGGUUCUUCCUAGUAAACUGGAGCUUCAGAUGAUGGAGGGAACUCUGGAGAGGAAGCAUCUAUUACAGCCAGGUGGCAAAAAGGCAAACUGCCGCUCCUGGAACACCUUCCAUACCGUACUGAUGAGACAAACUUUAUGUUUUUACCAGGACAAGAAGGACACACUCAAGCAGAGCUCUGCUGUGGCCUUGCCACUGAACCUGUCUGGAGCUGUCUGCGCCCUAGACAAAGAGUAUACCAAAAAGAACAACUGUUUCACACUACAAUUGAAGGAUGGCUCCAAAUACCUCCUCAGAGCACCGACUGAGCCACUCAGGAAAGAGUGGGUUAUCAAACUGCAGCAGAACUCAGGUUUACCUGAAGUGGAUUAUUUCCAAUCAGUUUCCCAGACUGCUCAGGGAAUGACCUCUGUGGUUAGUGUGAUUCCCAGCCAUGGAGCAUCUCAAUUCCUGGGCCAUCAUCCAGCCAUUCCAGCCAAGAGCCAAGAGGCUAUGGUCCUCCCAAGGUCAAAUGUCAGGUUGCAGUUGCCUUAUAAUACUCAGAGUGGCCCCCUGGAUGCAGCAGCAUCGGGAGCAGGAAAUGUUCACAGAUCUGCUGCCACAUAUAACACAGAGCAGAGUCUAAGGCAUUGUUCUACCACCGCGUCUCCAGCUUCACAAGACCGUUACAUUUCUCUGGAAGACGACGACUGUGGUCUGGUGACAAACAAGAGACGGUCAUAUUCUUUUACAUCAGCUACAUACCAGAAGAUCACCCCUCUGUCAGUGUCCAAAGAAUCUCUGGGAGCUGGCAGUAGCUACUCUGUCACUCUUUACAUUGGAGAACAGGCAGCUCCUACUCCCAGGCCUCGCUGCCAUUCAUUCAUCACCACCCCUAGAGGGAUCCAAGAGACCUUAGGUGGGAGAAGCCAAGAUGACUCCAUUCGUCAGAAGAACAAGUCGGUUUUCAGAAAGUUCUUUGGAAAGAAAGACUGAAAUGCCAGUUCAUUCCUUCUCCUCUGAAAGCCUCCCCUCCCAAAAAAAUUGGGGGGACCUAGGAGGCUGCAUGCAACCACUGAACCUUACUUUGAUCACCCAGUCCUGUUGCCUAUUUAUGGCCAUGGUUCUGCUGCACCUGUUUACACUUUUUAUCUCGCUCUCUAGAGGCAGAAGUGGUUGAGAUAGGCCCAGCUCAGUGAAACAAUUGCUUAAACCUCUUUUUAAUAUUUCAUCUAUUCAAUCCAGCCCCCAAAGGGAACCCCAGCUGAGGAAGUUCAAUGUCAGAGAGCCAAACAAACAAAACCCUUCAUUCACACCAUGACCAGGUGGUGUAGUCCAGCUCUCCAGGAGCCCUUUCUCUGUAUGGGCAGAACUCUGUCUUGCUUGGCAUACAAAUUAAGGGAGAAAAUCAGGUAAUGCAUUCCUAGGCACAUAUAUAUUAAUACUGUAUUUGUACUCAAGUUAGGUGGGAAGUCACAUUGCUUCACGUCCUUUCUUAAAAAAUAUGUAUGUGGUUCAUGAUGGGAUCAAAAUGAGAGGACAGGGUGAAGCUUCCUUCGUAUGCAUCCAAGGAAUGGAAUGUACUGUAUACUCUCAUAGGCUACCAGCUUUCCUCCUCUUUUCUUCUUCUUUUUGUGCUCGACUUUGGCCUUUAAUAACAGGUAUGGACAUGGGCAGAAUGGCCAAAGUGCCGUAUAGAUGAAAAAUUCAGAAGACAAAGGGAAGGAGAAAGAAAAAACAAGGGGGAGAGAAAGAGACAUUACAUGGGUUUACCUACUCUGGUUCUAGCACUGCCAACUGCUAGCAUCUAGACCCAAGAUACUUACCACUAAAGAAAUGUGACCUUUUUUUUUAAAGUUGACCUUCCAUGUUCUUUAGCACAUCUGCAGAUUUUGGUGAGUGGUAAUGUGCCUCACCGUUCUGUGGAAAGCCUCAUAUGUUUUUGUUUUGGGGUUUGCGUUUUUUUCGCUACUGCAAAAUACUACCACCACAUAGGGCAGGCUACACUCAAAUAUUUUUUUUCCUGCUAUGUAGGCAAACCUGAAUUAGGCCUACAACAGGACCUGAACACUGGUGGCUUGUGGUCCAAGUGAGGCCGGAAGAGGGAACUUUACCCUAAAAAAGCUAGGUGAGGGGUAUCCCCUGCUUGGACUAAGCAGUGUCCCAAAAAGUAAUUAUUUGGGGGGGAAAUGUGUACAGCAUUAUUUUAGAAUCAGCAUAUAUCUCACACAAGACAAGAUUAAGCCUGGUGGAUGCUAUAGUCAGUACUGUAGAAUUUUUAUUUGAGAGGGCAAUCUAUGUACUUACCUUUUUACUGUUAAAAAAUACAGUAUGGAACACUCUUUCUGAGACAGGGCUGUCUUCGUCAUUCUGCUUCCUUCAGCAUUGUGUUGUUCCAGUGCAGUAGCAGCAGCAGCAGCAAUUAAAGCCUGUUAAGUAGCCUGUUG